AUGGCGCUACACUCCUGGUCUCCGGAGCUGGGGUUCGGCGAAAAGCUGAAGCAGGUCGCCGUCUCCACGGGCCCCUCCCUGGAUUUUAGCACCUUCCCCUCCACUCUGGGCUCCGUAGUCGCGACCGCAGCGCUGGAGCAGCUCUUUAUUGUGGAACAAUCACUGCAAAGUGACUAUUUUAAAUGCAACGAAGAAGCUACCAUCUUUCUUAAGGACAUUGCUAUAGCUGUCAGGAGAUUGGAAGAAAUGAGAAGAGCUACAAUUGAACUUCUGGAAAUUGAAAGCAUGGAACUCAGUAGACAAUAUUUUCUAUUGGAAACUCUUCCUGAUCACAUUAACACAGAACUCGAAGAAUUUGUCAUUGCUGCUCGCAAAUUAAACCUUCUUGAGAUAAAACAAUUACGGAUGGAAGUUGCAAGGUUAAAUAAGGAAAUAGAGUUUCUGAAGAAGAAAAUGGUUGAUUUGAAAGAUACUAAUAAUGAUCUGGGUGAACAGCAAAAGGAGCUGGCGAAGAAGCAUGAAAAGCUUGUUGUGUUACUCAACCACGCGAUGGGAAAAAAAGCCAUCGCCGCUAUUUACAUCAAUGAGACUUAUACAAAAAUAAACUCGGAGAGAGAAGAAAUAAGACUGAAAAAGAAAAGUAUUCAAGGUAAAGAGGCGAUAAUAGUCAGAGACAAAGGAGAAUAUUUGAAGGCAAAAAAAAGGUUGAGUGGCCAGAUGAGUGAAUAUGAAAAUAUCUGUGAAUCUAAGAAACAGGAUGCUUAUCAUAGGAAGAAACAAUUGGAUAGAUUAAGGAUUAAAGAGAUGGACAUAAAAGAAAAAGUUACUACCAGCACAGUGGAACUUAGUGAUCACAAUUUAGAGAUAGCAGAACUAAAUCAAUCAAUAAGACAUUGGAAAGAACAGAUCGAAGAAAUAAAGAAAAUCUGUAAUAGCCUGGAGGAAGAAAUAUUUUUUUUAAAGAACAACAAGAAAAAACUGGGAGAGAAAACUAUUACUGACAAAAAUGAAUUUUUUCAGAAGAUAAAGGAGAUGAAUGAAAAAAUAUACAAAGCUCAGUUAGAAAACAAAGAUCUACAAGAGAAAUUGCAGACUCUUACCAGACAAUAUAAGAUUGUCUUACAGGAGGAAAAUAAAGUUUUUAUGCAAAAAAAGAAAAUACAAGAAGAAAACAAAAAACAACUGAAAUUUAUUGCUGAGAAAGAAAACUUCCUGUCACAAAGAAAAGUAGACAUCAAAAAUAUGGAAGAAGGACUUGUCACGCUUUCUGAACUUUAUCGAGCAACACAGGAAGUCUAUCAGAAGCACAUAGAAAUCCUGAGUGGAAACCUGGAAAGAGAAAUUCAGAGAUGUGUUCUGACUCAGUGGAAAAUAGCUUGUUUGACGAAAAGACAUGGACGUUGGCUACUCAAGAUGAAAGAAGAAUUAGACGCUAUUAUGGAUCAAAUCAAGAUCGCAGAAGAUAGACGCAAUGAGUUAAUAGAAGAGACCAGUGUUACAGAAAAAGAGAUCACUGAAAAUUUGGUACAGAUUAAAAAAAUUGCAUUAGAUUUAAAACGAACCGAGACGGAAUUUGUCGUCAGUGAAAAAAAGUUAAUUCAAGAAUUGAGCAAGUAUGAGGAAAAAUUUGUUAAGAAAAUGGAAAGUACCAAAGAAAAGGAAGAUGAACUAGUCACAUAUCUUCCCACACUUCAUGAGACAGAAGAAGAAUAUAAGAGCAAAAACAACAUGUUUCAAGAGCUGGGUCGUAUUCUCACAGACCAAAAAAAGGAACAGAAUGUACUGAAUGAUCAGAUUUCUCAAAUGACAAGAGAGUUUACAAGACAAAUGAACAUUUUGAGUAAACUGAAGCGAGAAUUACAACAAUUGCGAGAUCAAGAAAGCGAUCGACUCAAAAGUCAUUUUGAAAUUCUACAGAACUUAGAAAAUGAAGUCUAUGCACAUGACCUAGAAACAGAAGCCUUGCUCCUGGAAAAUGAAAGGUUGAAAAAAUAUAUUGCAUACAUGAAGACCAAGAUAGAGCCGUACGCACAAGAAGCCAACACGUACAUCUACAGUGAGCUGUCCUGGCACCUGGUAGCUAAUUACGCACAAUAUUUGAAUUUGUGGGCAGAAUUGCAGAUCACUUUAAAGGAAUUUGUAGGUGAUUGUGAAGAUACUUUGCAAGAAAUAAAAAGUCUAAUAGACAGGCUGUGUGAAAGAGACGAAAAAAUUGAGAAAAUCAGUAUUUGGUUACAAGGGAAUCUUCAAGAGUUGUGGUUCCUAGCCACUGUGGAAAUUCCUGGUAAGGGCACCUCAAGAGCUUUGGCUAACCAAGAACUUCCUGCUCGUUUACAUGGCUGGUGGUAUCAAGAAAGCCCUCCCCCAGAUAAGCGUGCCUACUAG